AUGGUAUCUCCCGUGAGCGCCACGAUCGGACCCAAGUCUCCAUGGCCGGCCGUUCGCAAGGGAUCAGGACCUGGGCCUCGCCGACCACCGUCUCCAGAACUCACCAAUCUUGACUGCGCCUUUCCUCCAUUCCCAAUGCCUUCGAGAGCACCGACCACGAAACGACGAGAGAGAGCUGCCACCCAACGAAGUGACACCAAAAGGUCUAGAUCUCGGGAUGCCCAAAGGCCUCCGCGACCAGAUGGUAGGCCCUUUCCAUUUACAAGAGCAGGAUCAUCGAAUAAUUUGGCCCAAAUGCCGCACGAAAAACAUCAAAGUCACAAGCAGUCUCGACCGUCAACCCCUGCCAGCAGCGAAGGGCAAUCAUCGGUCAAGAACAGUGACAGCCGUCAACCGAGUAUCGACAAAUCGGCCCAGGCUCAAGCAGCCCCUGAAAGCCAAUCGUCAAUUCCACUGCCCAAAACAGACGAAUCUGCAGGUGAUAAUGUUCCUUCCUCCCAAAUCUUGAGGACACGCACCGAGCCUGUCCUCCACAAAGACAUUCCAAUCGAUCACAGCCUUCGCGCGUUUAAUUUUGGCGACACUGAAGCCAACAGAUUUAAACCACCUAAUACCAAUGACUCAAUGCGGAGUCAUUCGCCGAAUAUCGACGACCGGCCCAGAGCAGAAACUGAGCCAGCUUAUAAGUCGAAAAGACCUCCCCCGAUUGCCAGUGAUCGGCAAGUUUCUCCGUUAACCAAGAUGAGAUCGCCAACGACACCACAGCCUUCCUCGGCCGGCGUGCUGUCUAAGGGUUUGGGAAGAUUCUUUGGCCGACAUCGAUCACAAUCAGCUAGUUCUCGACGUGAGGUUGUGCGACAGGCUUUGAGUGAUGAACCUGACGUCUUCGAAAAUCAAUUUGCGGGCCAAAGCAUUCUCAGUCCCGACAGUGACCGUUCAUUCCUCACAGCAGAACCUUCUCCAAUCUUGACAUCGCCCUGGAGGUCGCCUGAUCCAUUACCAAGUCAUGAAGAAUCGCUGAAAGCUCUCGAAGGACUAACACCAGCCCCUCCUGCUGCUCCAGUGGUGGUUAUUGAACCCACUAUCGAGGAGGAAGAGGAAGCUUCCAAGCCCGUCCCUGUGUCCCAGCCAGAAAUCGUGACGCAACCGGAACCUCCUGCCCCAGCCGAAGAAGCCAUGCCCGAACGUCCAAUCACUCAACCUCGCGAAGCUCUUCGACGGGCAUCAAUUGACUCGACUUCCUCUUAUGGCUCGGUGGGCUUCUCUGAGCACACGGCCAGCUCCAGAUCUAGUUCUCCUCAAACGGAUUCUCUGGCUAGCAAAUCUGGGGGUUCACAUCUGGACGUGAAGCCGUCUGAUGUCGAAGUCCCCGCACCAUUGAGACCCCGACUCCCUGCGUUGUCACCUGACUCGCCAACGGAUCCUCUCUUCCAGCAAGGGCGUUUAUCGCCCAUUCCGGACACCAUCCCCCGACCAAAAGACUUGUCUGGACCUCUUCUUCAUCCGGUGCCGAACGAACCCCACGCGGGUUCGAUACCAGUGCAAGAAACCGAACCAGCCACGUCAAGCACCAAGACCAAAACGGCCACGCCGAACAAGGGUGUCUGUCGUGGCUGUUCUCGAGUCAUUCUUGCGGCACAGAAGUCUGUUUCGAGUGCGGAUGGUCGGCUGACCGGCCGGUAUCACAAGGAAUGCUUUGUAUGUCGCACCUGCAAGGCCACAUUUCCCACCGCCGAAUUCUACGUGCAUAGUGACCAACCAUAUUGCGCGUACCAUUACCACGAACUGGAGAAUUCUCUAUGUGCUACGUGCGGAAAGGGGAUCGAAGGGCUGUAUAUGGAAACCGCCAACGUAGCGGGCCGGGGCAAGGAGAAGCAUCACCCGGAAUGUUUGAAAUGCACCACUUGCAAGGUUCGACUUGACCACGACUACUUUGAAUUGUCCGGACAAGUGUACUGCGAACGAGAUGCGUUUCGACAAGCCAACUUACCGAAAUCUCGCGACAAUGCCCCCAGUCGACCCAGUCCACUGAUCCGAGAGUAUAUCAGCAGUGGUGAUCCAGGGUUGGUGAAGGGCAGGAAUUUCCCGGAACGAAGAACCACUAGCCUAGUGAACAUGACAUAA